AUGACUGUUAGCUACCAGUACGAUGUGGCCUCAUCGUCCACGGGUGGCUUUUUUCGGCUACUCUGGCGCUGGAGGGGUAGUAUAUGGAAAUUGUUAUACAAGGAGCUACUGUUGUUUAUAUCGUUGUACCUAAUUAUCGCACUGUCCUACGACUAUCUAAUGUCUGAAUAUUAUAAAAGAUAUUUUGAGCGAAUUGUGAUAUUUUGUUCGAGUUUUGUCGAAAUAAUUCCGCUUUCAUUUAUACUGGGAUUUUAUGUAUCAUUUACGGCUACCCGUUGGUGGCAACAGUACACAGCCAUUCCAUGGCCUGACAAGUUGAUGAAUAUCAUUGCACUGUACGUUCCGGGCAGUGACGACACCAGUCGUAUGCUUAGACGUACAUUGAUGCGCUAUCUGAAUCUGACCCUGGUACUAGUGCUCCGGUCGAUUAGCAUACCUGUUAAGCGCCGAUUCCCGACCAAAGAUCAUCUAAUUGAAGCCGGUUUUAUGACCAAACCGGAACUCGAGAUGUAUUCAUCGGUACCGUCCCAUGAGUUCAAUACGUUUUGGAUACCGUGCACCUGGUUUGUCAAUUUGCUUCGGGAGGCCCGAUCCGAGUGUCGGAUUACCGAUUCGGGUGGACUCAAACUGAUUAUGGAGGAAUUCAAUGAAUUUCGCACCAAAUGUGGUCUACUUUGGAGCUAUGAUUGGGUGAGCAUUCCAUUGGUCUACACUCAGGUGGUCACACUGUCGACGCAGGCGUUUUUCUUGGCCUCGCUGUUGGGCCGACAGCACAUACACCAGUCGCCCGACGCCAGUCCCGAUAAGGUUGUUGUCCACCAGUACGGCGAAUAUUAUUUUCCAAUAUUUACGUUAUUACAGUUUAUCCUAUAUAUGGGUCUACUAAAGUUAGGCGAACAGUUGAUCAAUCCGUUUGGUGACGACGACGAAGAUUUUGAACUAAACUGGAUUAUCGACCGACACGUUAAGGUGUCGUUUCUCGGCGUCGAUAUACUCAACUCGGAUCCGCCGCCGCUGAUGAAGGAUCAGUACUUUGACGAAAUGGACAUCAAAUUGCCGUACACUGAGGCUGCCGUCGCCCAUAAAGUCAAGACAUACCGGGGCUCAGUGGCCGCCUAUAAUGUUCCCACUGAGAAGCAUAAUCUAGUGAUACCCGAGUUCGAUGACGACGACAAUAACGGGUCGGACAAUGAUAACGACACGUCCACUAUUCAGAGCAGUGGUGGUCAUCACCAGUCGUCGAUGAAAAGCUCGGUCUGGAAUGUGUUUGCGUCGAAAAAACAUACAAAACUAACCCAAAGCCAAAGUAUACCGUCCAUGGAUUCGGAAACAAUGGUCGAAACGGGAUUGAAUCCAAUGUGGUCGGGCGGUUCCAUCGGAUCAAUGGAUACCGAUAUGACCACUGUGACUGCCGGUGCCGGUGCCGCCGCCGCUAACUAUGGCCACGAAUUUCAAGGUAUCCGGGGGUCCGAUGAACACCAAGAACAAUAUCAACCACAACAAGCACCGGCAUCUAAAACUACCGGUUGGUCACCACCAGCACCAGCGGCGCAAGAAUUCAUUAUCGAUAUACCACCGGCAGCAACAACGGCUACGAGUGAAUCUACCGGCGGCGGUACAGCCGCUGCAGCCGAAGCAGCAGCCGUCAGAGGCCAACACUUCAUCACAUCAUCGUCAUCGACACAGUCCGUCCAGUCGCUACUCGAUAUGCCGCUACUUAACCGCCCGAUUCACGGCUAUGGUACGCAACCUUUGCCUAAAGAUAGCGGCUUUCAUAAGCCAAGCAUUUCGAGUAUCGGCAGCGCCAUCGGCGGCGACGGCAGCGUCGGCGGCGGCAGCGAUGGACCUGCCGAUAGUGGUGGAUCUGCCGCCGGUUUCGGCAGCGGUGGCCGACGAGGAGCUCAACUGUUGUCGCAAUCUGUACAGCAAAUUAUAAGCGAACGUGUGAUCGAUGCGCUGGCCGUCCAAAGGUCGCACAGUAGCGCCGCCCAGCCGGCAGCCGCCCAUCGUAUUAAGAUAAAGGUGCCCAAGUCGUCCAUUUUCAAGAGCGGCAAUCGUGUAAUGGAUCCGCGUCUACGUAUUAGGCCAUUCAAGUCGCGGGUAACGUUCAGCGACGAUACGAAAAAAGGUGACCUAAAACAACACGGUCUGCAACAACAGGAUGUGGUAUACUAUUUGCCGAAAAUCAAACUGUCCGACAAUAAUAACUCGAGUUCCGAAUUGUCGGAGAUAUCGUCGGAAUUGGCGACCGCUAGACAACUGUCUGACGGUAGUGGUGGUAGUGGUGGUCGCCGACCAACAACAGCGGCUGAUGUGCUCAAGUUGACCACAUUGGCCAUACCAGGCGUCGUCGGUGGCGGCGGCGAUGGUGGUCCCGGCAAAGCCGAACUAUUGAUGCGCCGCCAGUCGUUAGAUCCGUCGCUUAUUCUGUUGCCGAAACCGCCGGACAUCAGCAGCAAUAGCGCAGCCGUCGGUGGCGGCGGCGGAACCGGAGUUGGCGUCGGUGUCGGUGUUGCCGUUGCCAUGAAUGCCGUCGAACAGGAAAACUGGUUACACCAUCAAUCGUUGCCGAACAUACAGGAAGGACUGGAAGAUUCGGAACAACAGAUUCUGAUCAUACCGGCGGCCGCCGACGGCAGUAGUAGCGCCUCAUUGGCCAUACAGUCCGGUCAGGCGCUCGUCCGACAAGUGUCGGUCAAACGGCACACGAGUGACCGGACCAGCGAACGGCGCAAAAGUUUCAAACGCCAACAGUGCAGUCACGAUCCGAUCGAGACAACAACAACAGUGGCCGCCGACGCCGCCGAAUCGGUGAUCAAUAACGAUGAUCCCGAGAUAAUAGUGGCGCUUAUCGACGAUACCGAUAUCGGAGCCGACGGCCACUUAGUCGACUAUCAAGACAUUGUUCGGUUUGAUUUGCCGUUCAAAAAGAAACGCAAAGACAUGAAACAACAGCCAAAACAGUCGUCCACCGAAAGCGAUACCGGAAGCUAUCAUACGGCCAACUCGUUUCUCGGACAGAUAUCCGAAGAUAGAGAAGAUUUACCGGAAUUUCUUAACCAAAGCAAUUCGUCAGUGGAUUCCUAUACGUCGGCAACCGAUGAGCCGAAAAAAAGUACUGCAGAUAAAUCGGUACCGCAUAUAAUAUUUACCGAACCGUCUCUAUCGCCACCGGCAACACCAGUGACUACCAGUGCCGGCAGUACUGCCGUUACCGACAGUAGUGGUGCUGCAGCUGCAGCUGUCACUGUCGACACUACCGAUCAAACAGUCAUUACAACCCGAUGUCCGACAACUACAUCGAUGCCAUCACCACAGCCUAGUAGUGUAUCGUUGAUAGACUUACCAAAUCAGACAUAGCAUACCAUACCAUAUAUAUACGGCACCACCUAAUUUUCAGUCCACACACACAUAACUGUCCAUUUUAAAU